CAGUAGUAGUGACGAUAGCGCAGCAGGCCAUGCAAUUUGCAAACAAACGUUUGACAUUUGAUUGUACCUUUUCUUACUCCUCUUCGUUCUCUCCCAUGCAUGGAGCAUUAGUGUUUGGCAACAAAGCAGGGGGGACAGGACAUCCGAAAAUUUGCUCCUCAAAAUCGUGCGCUUGACCAAAUUACACCACUAGCGUUACCGUGCUAAUACGCGAUCAAAAACGUUCAGUGUGCAGCGUGUUGUUGUGUGUGUGUGUGUGGUAAUUGUGAACAUUGGCUGGUAACCGGCCUUCCCGGCGAAAGGACGACGAUGAGUGCGCAGACGCGGCUGAAUGAAGCCCUGCCGGAAAGCCAGCAGCGCCUCUCGCACCAGGCAACGACGCUAGCCACGCACGGCUACAUCGUCGGCGAGGUGAUCGGCCAGGGAACGUACGCGGUCGUGAAGAAAGCGUACUGGACGAAGUUUAAGCGAACGGUGGCGAUAAAGAUUAUGUCGAAAACGACUGCCGGCGAAACGUUCCUGCAAAAGUGUUUGCCGCGCGAGCUGGACGCGAUCCGCAAUCUGCGCCACGAAAACAUUAUCCACUACUACGAAGUGAUCGAAACGACGAUGAGGGUCUACAUUUCCAUGCGGUACGCCGAGCACGGUACGCUGCUCAGCUUGAUACGCAGGCAGGGCCACCUGCCGGAAGUGCGCGCCCGCCGGUACUACCGCCAGCUGCUGGCCGCCCUCGAGUACAUACACACGGCCGGGUACGCCCAUCGGGACAUCAAGCUCGAAAACAUGGUGCUCGAUGGGAACGACCGGCUGAAGCUGAUCGAUUUCGGGUUCGCCUGUCGGGCGCGGGACGCCGACGCGCCGGUCCUGUCCAAAACGUUCUGCGGCAGCCACGCGUACGCCAGCCCGGAGCUGCUGCGGUUCAAACCGUACGAUCCCGUCCACGCCGACAUCUGGGCGUCCGGCGUGGUGCUGUACUCGCUGCUUUACGGCCGGCUACCGUUCUCCAACGAAAAACAGGUGAACCUGCUGCUACAGAAAAUCAACCGCGGUGUUAUAUUCCCGUCCAACAUAACCGUAUCCAGGGAGGUGCAGUGCUUGUUGAAGCAAUUGUUUUUGCCGGUAGAGAAACGCAUUGCCUGGCCGGAGCUGGGACGAUCGCUGUGGUUCUUCAUUGAGCUGGAGGAAGAGUCGCCCGGACAGGUGGAAUGGCCCCAGCCCGCACCGGACGGUGUGGCCGAACCAUCCGCUGCCAAGCGCAGCAAGGUGGACAAUAAAGCUUAGGUGAUAGAGUUGUGCCGUGACCUUGCCGUGCUCGCGUUGAUUCGCACUGUGAAUGUGGGGUGAUUUAUUUGUGAUUAAAAAAAAAAAAGAAACAGCACAACUAUUCUUCAGCAGGGCAACAGCACUCUAAAGUUGGCACUGCAUCGCAUCUUCCCCAAAAUGGUAAUGGCCCAAAAAAGUACCCGCCACACCACUCCCCUGAGGAGAGUACCUUGUUUUGAUGUGCCUGGCGGGAGAAAUUAACGCGCGCAGUAAUGGAAUUAUUCAUGAAACAAACUACGGGCACCGCGCAUCGCAUGGCAAACUUUAUUUAUAGUGUCACAACAUAAUGCGCUCAUCGUCGAAUGUGGGGUAAUGUUUUACGGUAAACGAAUGUCCUGGACAGGCAGCCGGGAGGGGGGGCACAAACAUCAUCCCGCCAUUGACGCUACGCUCGUAAUGGACCUUUUGCCCUUGUUUGUUGCGCAUAGCAAUUGGUAGCAGAAUGUGGCGUAAAUUUAAAUUACUAUCAAAUGAUAGUAUGCCUUUUUGCGGAGUAUAGUAUUUUAAAUAAUAAGAACGAUUUUAUAGUA